GCGGCGGCAGCCGAGCACGAGCACGAGCAGGGCCGAGCCAUCCCUUCCCUCCCCUCAAAACCCUAGCGAGCGAGCGAAAACCCAAUCCAGCAAGGGAAGCGAAGAAGCGGAGGAGGAAGACGAUGGAUGCCUCCAAGGCCCGCGAGCUCCGGGAGUUCGUGGAGGCGUGCAAGAAGGACCCUUCUCUCCUCGCCGAUCCCAACCUCGCCUUCUUCAGGGAUUACCUCGAAAGUUUGGGUGCCAAGAUCCCCGCCGCCGCCGCCGCCGCCGCCAAGGCCGCCUCCUUCGACAAGCCCAGGAGAUCUUCCAUGGACGACAUUGAUGAUGACGAUGACGACGACGAUGAAGAUCUGGAUAUGAGGGAUGCCACUCCUGAGCCAGAUGAGCUCGAUGAAGAGAUUGUUGAGUCUGAUCUUGAGCUUGAAGGAGACACUGUACAAUCUGACCAUGAUGAUCCACCACAGAAGAUGGGAGAUCCUUCAGUUGAGGUAACUGAGGAAAAUCGUGAUGCCUCUCAAGAAGCGAAAGGCAAGGCUAUGGAAGCUAUGUCAGAAGGAAAACUCGACGAGGCUAUUGAACAUCUUACCAGCGCAAUAGUGCUGAAUCCGCUCUCAGCAAUCAUGUAUGGUACUAGAGCAUCUGUGUUUAUAAAAAUGAAGAAACCAGCUGCUGCCAUUCGUGAUGCAAAUGCUGCUCUGGAGAUUAACCCGGACUCCGCGAAAGGCUAUAAAACACGUGGAAUGGCUUAUGCCAUGCUUGGCAAAUGGGAGGAAGCUGCUCGUGACUUGCACACAGCAUCUAACAUGGAUUACGAUGAGGAGAUCAAUGCUGUGCUCAAGAAGGUGGAACCCAAUGCACACAAGAUAGUGGAGCAUCGCAGGAAGUAUGAGAGGCUGAGAAAAGAGAGGGAGGAAAAGAGGGCUGAGCGUGAUCGGCUUCGUCGACGCGCAGAGGCACAGGCUGCUUAUGAACAAGCCAAGAGGAAGGAGCAAUCGUCAAGCCGCUCAUCAGGAGGCUUUCCUGGAGGGAUGCCCGGUGGAGGUUUCCCUGGAGGAAUGCCUGGAGGAGGUUUCCCUGGAGGGAUGCCUGGGGGUUUCCCUGGAGGUGCCAUGCCGGGGGGUUUCCCUGGGGGUGGUCCUGGUAAUGUCGAUAUGAGUAAAAUCCUGAAUGACCCUGACCUGAUGGCGGCGUUCAGUGACCCAGAGGUCAUGGCUGCUCUACAAGAUGUGAUGAACAAUCCUGCCAACUUCGCCAAGCACCAAGCGAACCCCAAGGUGGGCCCUAUCAUAGCAAAGAUGAUGGCCAAGUUCAGUGGGUCCCAGUGAAGGUUGUGUGCCAGCCAGGUUCCGCGGGCAGCAGGCAAAAAUUCCUUGGACAGUCAACAGGUGUUCCCCUUUUGUGCAUCUGGGUGUGUUUAGCUUGUGAUGAAGAACAUAAGUGGGUUUUUUUUCCUGUGCAUCUGGAGUUGCGUUGAGCUUGUGAUGACAAACACUAGUGGGCUCGGUGGGGAUGCUCAUUCACUUCUGUUAGUGCCUACGACUAGCAGAGAAUACUGGAAUGAUUCACAGGUGGUAUUACGGUUUGGUUACGUUCUUGA